AUGGCUUCAGUGGCGGCGCUCUGCGGUGUUUCUCGGCGUCUUGUAGCCGAGGCUCCCCGGACAGGGCUGAGACGGCUGCUGUCGGCGGCUGCAGCAGGGGGGCAUGGGGAUCCUGGUAGCGCCCGUACAUGGAAGAUCCUAACCUUUGUGGUUGCUCUCCCUGGAGUUGCUGUCUGCAUGCUGAACUGCUACCUGAAGGCUCAGCAUGAACAUGAAAGGCCAGAGUUCAUUCCUUAUGCACACCUCCGCAUCCGGACCAAGCCCUUCCCUUGGGGUGAUGGAAACCAUACUCUCUUCCACAAUCCUCAUGUUAACCCUCUCCCAACUGGCUAUGAGGAUUAAAAGUGAGGAUCAGGGCAGCACCAUGGACCAUUAAGGUAGCUGGACCAGAACAUGGGCUGGGAUUCGCAAUCAAAAUGUUCUGCAUUUCUUGUACUGUCAAAUUAUGAAUUGCAUUCUGAUCUCUAGCAGUUUGCUUUAUGUGGAGGUCACCUAAAUAAAACUAUUCCAUACAAGUA